AUGGCAACAGGUGAUAGUAACGGAAAUGAUAUCGCUGAAACAAGCAAAGCCACAACUACGAAACCAUUCGCAGACAUGGAUAAAAAAAAGUUAUUGGGUAUAGUUUUAGCAGUAACAAUACUAAUAAUUGUCAUUGUUGUAAUUUUGAUUGUGACACUGAGAACUGGUGAUAGUAGCGGAAAUGAUACAAGCAAUACCACAACAACCACAAUAUUGACUACGAAGACGACUAAUGCUCAUUCACCGCCGCCGCCGCCACCAGUCCCAACUACAAAAGGCAUUGGGAAAGAUUGGCAUAAAUUUUCAACUGGAUCAUACAAAUUAUUUCCGACUAAUGUUAAUUACAAAGCAGCUAAAGAAGGUUGCAGAGCUGUAAAUGCAAGAUUGGUAACUGAAGGAAUAAGAAAUGCAGCCACCCGCAGGAGCAUUAUGGAUGAAAUGGUACUUCCCGCUUUUAAUGCAAAUAAACUUGGAGAAGGAGGUGGAGUGUGGAUAGGAUUGGAUGACCUGGAGGUAAUGAACACGUGGAAAUGGAUCGACGGUAUUGGAUCGACAAUACAAAACACUCCUUGGGCUCCCGGUGAACCAAAUAAUCCACUUGAAAGAUGUGGAAUGUUGCAUAAAAAUUUGAAGUGGCUUGUCAAUGAUCAGGGUUGUUCCCAUGACAUGGCAUAUGUUUGCGAAAUAGCAAAAAAUGAAUGA